UGAAUACACUUUAUUCAUUUGAAAACAUACAAAAAUGUGUCACUCAGAAAAUAAGCCCACCAGGGAGUCAUUUACAAUAGGAUUAUAAAAUACUUGCUGCUGCAAUACACAGAGAUCAUAGGCUGCAGGUACAAGAUAAAUUAUGAACAUGAGCUGCUUGUAUGUUUAUGAUUUUGUUUUUUCUUCAAUGACUCCUGCAGUGAUUUUCAACACGUCAUGAGUAUUUGGACUUUGCUUUCAGAACAUUGCUUGGCUUGAGAUUGAAAGUUUGACAUUGCAUCAUAUUCUCAGAUUUCUAAAGCUCUUGAAAAUGCAGAUUCAAGCAAAAAUAAAUAACUCUCUGGGCAAGUAUUUGCUUGAUUAGCUGAUGUGAAUUAAUUACGUUUUGCAACAGUAACCGUAAAUAACCCAGACCGUUACCAACGUUUUGAAACGGCUAGUCUGAAUAAAUACACCCCAGGUAUCUCAGCAGUUUCGAGAAAGCGUUUAACAGUUUCACUUUAAAAUGACAUCAAAGUUACUUUACAGUAAUGUACUAAGAGGCGAAUAUAUUCAAAAUAAGUUGCAAUAAAGAUUUUCAUUCACCAAUAGAAUGCCAAACACGUGUAAUCGUUGAAGAAAAUCUCUGCGUGCCAAGACAUUGCUUGGUAGCAGUUAGCAGACCUAUAAACAACUUUCAAAGCCUUUGAUAAAAAGUUGGGUAUUUACCAGGUUAACUAGUUGGACUCUGAUACAUAACUUAGAGUUUAGUCUAGAAAGCUAAACGUAAAUUCAACAACAAAAAACAUUGGACUUUCUAUGUUAAGACUAAGAGAGAUAGUUUGCACAUCUUUAACUUAUGUAAUCAUAUUUCUAGCUAGCUGGUUAGCUUAGCUAAACUAGCUAUCAAGCUUAACCAUACAAGAUUACUAAUAAUGUUUACAUUAUUUUCUUAUUUUAUUUUGUCCAGCUAAUAAUGAUUCAGCUAGAAACUAACACCGUUAGCUGAAGUUCGUUGGCUAAUAGGCAAGCUCCAGGCGUCUGUAAACGGUAACGUCAACUAGCUGGUUAAUCAUGCGUCAGCUCCCUGCUGACACCGUGCGACUUCUGUCCAGCUCUCAGGUCAUCACCUCUGUGGUAAACGUUGUGAAGGAACUGCUGGAGAAUUCCUUGGAUGCUGGUGCAUUGAGGAUCGACAUUAUACUGGAGAAUUAUGGUCUGGAACGAAUUGAAAUACGAGACAAUGGCUUGGGCAUCACAGCCACGGAUGCUGCAGUGAUGGCUGUAAAACACUACACAUCAAAGAUCUGCAGCCAUGAUGACCUGGAGCGCCUGGAAACAUAUGGGUUCAGAGGUGAAGCCCUGAGCUCCAUUUGCGCUGUGGCUGAGGUAGCUGUCACAACAAAGACCGCAGAGGAUGACGUUGGCACCCAGUACAUGCUUGACCAAACAGGAAGAGUUGUCUCCCAGAAGCCCUCGCACCUUGGCCAAGGUACCACAGUUUGUGCACUGAAGCUUUUUAAGAAUCUCCCAGUGAGGAGGCAGUACUAUGCUAACAUAAAGAAGUGUAAGGAGGAAUUCAAGAAGGUGCAGGACCUGCUCAUGGCCUAUGCCAUUGUAAAACCAGAGCUCAGACUCACCCUCACUCACAACAAGGUUGUGGUGUGGCAGAAGGCCAAGGUGUCCGAUCACAGGAUGGCUCUCAUGGCUACGCUGGGGCCCAACGCUGUAGCCCAUCUGCUUCCCGUCCACCAUCAACAGGAACAACCAGAGAUUCUGAUAGAUGGAUUCUUUCCCAAACCUGGUAUGGAUUGCUCUUUAGCAAGCUCCAGUAACCCUGAUAAAACAUUUAUCUUUGUGAAUGAGCGACCUGUCCACCAGAAAGAUGUCCUGAAGCUGGUGCGGCAGCACUACCUGGCUCAGUACCCGGCAGACUCUGCCCGCAGCCGUUAUCCCAUUAUGAUGCUCAACAUCGCUGUUCCCGUAUCCUCUGUAGAUGUAAACUUAACCCCCGACAAGACCCAGAUUCUGUUCCACAACAAGGAGGAAGUGCUGGCUGCAGUGGAAACGCUGCUGGUUUCCCUCUAUGGGUCUGGGUCUUCUGCUGAGGUUCCACCAGUGACUGGAAAAGAUGAUAGCUUGUGUGCUGGCCCAUCAUCACUGGGGGACAGUAUGGGAAACACUGAGGUAGAAGGCCUUACGGACCAUAGUGUCAAUGAGGUCAUUGACCGCACUUCUGACCGCAGUGACGGCGAUCCAUCCAGGGUGGUGGCUGAUGACCAGACCGCAAAUACCAGCUCUUCAUCUUCAUCUGAGGACUGGAUAAUCAACCAAAUCCCAGGCGACUUUGGCCUGACCUUUCCACUUCUGGCUGAUGAUAUGCCUGUGACCUGCGAUGGGAUAACAGACCUAGGCCCAGCCAAAGGCAAGGAGAUACUUGACCAGCACCAAAAAGGCCCUGACAAAGGCAAAGAUGCCAGUCAGUUAACAGCAGCGAGCUGGAGUCGAGGCACAGCUCUGACACACCCCUCCACAGGAGAGCCAUUGCAGCCUGUCAAGCUCCACCUGCCCGCUGGAGACAACAGUGGUCAUGACCUGGUUGAGGCCACAGGUCCGCUUAUCUCUGGUAAAAAAGUGUCAAACACUAUAACAGAGAAUCCUGCAGCACUGACUGCCUUCGACCUCAUCAGUAACCGUGCCAUAAGGACCCCCCUGUCUCCCGCCGCACUGUUUGAGAAGGAGACCUGGGCAGAGGUUCUCCGAGAGAAGCCCACAGCCAGCCUCCAGGACAUCACUGCUGCCGUGCAGGAGAGAUGGAAAAACCUGGGGGAGGAGGACCGAAAGAAACAACUGCAUCUGAUUACCAGACUUAAUGUGGAAAGUGCCAAGCAGAUGCCAUACAGAAGAUAUGAUGAUAAGGCAAAGAAACACCUGGAACGCUAUGACCUACAGACCAAGCUGGCCUCUGAUCGAGGUGUGAGAGAGCCCGAGAGGCGUCUAAGUAUGGGUUCCCCGCUGAGUCGGCCCCAAGGUCAGAAACGCAAGGUCCUACUUUCCAACCAACCCAUCCUGGACAAGCUCUUCUCCCAACCCCAAAAGAAGAGGAGCCCCGGCUCCAAGCCAUCACAACCCUUACCAUUCAGUGUGGUUGCCCUCAGACAGCGGCUUCAUCACCUCAAGUCCCAGAGCAGCCCAAGACCUAGGGGAUUGCGGCUUGUAAACCGCUUGGCCUCUCAAAGCGCCUGGGUCGUUUUAUGCGAUAGAAAGCUCAUGUUGUUAAAUCCAUUUCGGGUAGAGGAGGCCUUGCUGUUUAAGAGACUUCUGGAGAAUAAUAUACUUCCAGCAGUGAGCCUGCAGAACCCUAUACAGUUAACAGAUGGUGUCCUAGGAGGUUCUGAGUAUACUCAGACUCUCUGUAACAUUGAGGAGAGAAGUCAUGAGCUGAGUGGAGCGGCCUUCUUCUCAGAUCCCAGGCUUGUGGCCAACGGGUUUCAAAUCAAACUCACUCCAGGCUCCUCAUCCACUGAGAGACAUCUGGAAGUGACAGCAAUGGCCAACUGUGUGCCUUUCCUCGGUAUAGAGGACCUCAGGGAAAUCUUGACAGCUAUUCUGCACAGGAAUGCUAAGACCGUGCAGGAUUGCCGGCCACUAAAAGUCACCAACUAUCUUCAGGGAGAAGCUGUUCGACUGGCACGUCAGCUGCCUGUGAACCUUGCCAAAGAGGAUGUGGAAGAUACACUUCUGCGGAUGCAACAACAGCUGAAGGAUACUAGUCAAGCCUGCAUCCAUGGACGAUCUUUCUUCCACCACCUUUCAGAUGUUCCUGAUACAGAACAAGAGGCCCUGGAAAUCAAGUCCAACAUUCUUUAACCUUGCUACCUUUUCAUAACAAUUUUGGUAUUGUGGUAGUUGAAACAAUCACUGUAUACUUCAUUUGCUGCUGAUGCUGCUCACGAUUAAGUGAAUACAGCAUCAAUAACUUUUUCACAGCUCAUAAAUGUCUACUAAUUUGUCUACUAAUGUUAAUCAAAGAUCAAUAAAUAUAUAUAUUACUGUA